CGCCAUCAGACUAUUUAAUAUGCAAAUAUUUACAGAAAUAUAUUUAUUUGUAUUCAAAACGUGAUACAAAUAAUGAUGUAAGAUAAAUGGAAUAUAUGAAAUUCCAAACAACAAUAGCGUUCAUCAGGUUUUAUAAAUAAAUAAUAAAUAUAGUAAUAAAAAAGACUGAAAGCGUGGUUAGAGUCAACUCAAAGGUAUAAGCGUACUCACUUCAUUGUUGAAUAGUGUACACACUUUACAAUUCUUACAUCGUAUGAACUAUGUUAGACUGAAACUGUCAGAACACCUUAUCAAAAAUAAGAUAUCCUUCUUCGAUGAUCCUAUGAAACAAAUUGGGAUCCACUGUACAGUGUUCAGUUGUCAGCAGGUAUUAACCAGAAUUUCUCCAGUAAAGGAAGCUUAAAAAUCCCUAUUGAGUUAUGUGAAAAAGAGAAGACAUUCAGCCAAGAUUGAGUUAGUACUGAAUAUACUACUGAUGGACAGAUUCAGAUGGAAAGUAAUAUGUCUGUUUUGUCUGAUUAGCUGUACAUUUGCUGUUUCAAUAAAUACACUACAGCCAGGGAAUGGAGUUAAUUCAACUAUAAAUGAAACUUUCACAAAUAACAUAACAUCAAAUGAGUCAUAUUCAUCAUAUGUAAUGUUUGAUACAACUACGGAAAUGAUGAAUCACUUUCCAUACAGUGAAAAUCAUUCUUCAAUACACGCAGGAAUAAACAACUCACAGAUUUUAUAUAAUGUGUCAAAUUUUACACAAGUAAAUGUAAGUGGAACCAGAGAGAUAAAUUCAAAUCGAUCCAUAAAUGACAAAAAUUUCACAAAUACAAAAGCGAAUGAAUUAAACCAGACUGCGAAUAGCUCUGCUUAUUAUUCGGGGCAUCAAAAUCACUCGAAUGAAUCGCAUCAUCCAUUUAACAAAACAAAAAUUCCACAUCAUGGACUCAAAAAACAACACUUUGACUCAAAUCAUCCUACCAAACUUAAAAAUAAAGCUCCUCAAAAAUUCAAGAAUCGUAAAAAGCGUGACUACAAUCCAUCCAGUGAAUACAACAGUGAAGAGACUGAUGAAGAUAAAUGUACCACGGAUACAGAGAUCGAGAAUGUUGAGGUUGAUACCGUAUGAGGAAGUCGUGUACUUGCUUUAAACUUUUAUUUCCAAAGAAGGAAAGAGUCAGCUUUCAUUGUCUAUAAGAUGAUUGCAAAAUACAGAUUUACAUUGUCAUAGUUUAAAUUCAUUUAUCUUUUUUGCUGUAAUGUAACUAAUUUCUGAUUUACCUUAAGUGGAAGUGCUAUACUGUUUUUCUCAAAUGUUUGACGCUAUAGUAACAAUGUUUAUGUGACCGCAUCACUCCAUUCUUUUCAACUUAUAAUGAAAUACUGUUUCCUUUAUGCUCAUAACAAUAACUUCUAUCAAUAUUACUUAAUCAGUUUUCUUGGCUUAGAAUAAUACAUCAAUCUUUAUCACCUGUUAAAAACUGAAUGAGAUUUGUAUGUUUUUUUUUAAAUGACCGAUAUACAACCUGCAUCUGUAGACAAGUAGUAGGUGAUAUAACAAUGACAAUAGUUUUAUUCCAAAACAGUACUUGCGAUACAGAAUGGAAUUCUCAGUAUUUUACUACAGUAUUUUAUCCAGUUAGUAAAUUAACAAUAAAAUAAAAUUCUACAUAGAUUAAGG